AUGAAAAUCCAAAUUUUGAUCAAAAACCUUGAAGGAGUCAUUGGCGCUGUUGAGUGUGAGGAUGCAGAGACAAUUGAGGUUCUGAAGGAAAGAAUUAGCCGCAGCCAAGGUGUCCAAAUAAGCCAAUUCACCCUCUUUUUCGGAGGUAGACCUUUGGACCUUAAAACUACUAUAAGCGCAAAUAGAAUCGUAAAAGACAGCACUAUUGCCAUGAAAAAAGUAGAAACUGAAGAAGAGAGCAAUGGGUUCAGCUAUUCAAAAACAUGGCCAAGAGGAAUCCUUGGUGCACUUAAGAGUUUCAAUAAGGCUUCAGAUCCUAAUGAAAUUUGGGAGAGAGUCGGUCUAGAAUUAACAAGAUUAGUCAUCGGCAACCACUCUUUUAAGUGAAACUUGGACAAGAUGUGUGUUAGCUAUAUGGGGAUUAACAAAGAGAUGGAUGACCUUGAUGAGCAGUGGCAUAUGGAUACAUCAUAUUUUGGCGUAGAGCAAAGAAAAAGUGUAUUCGACAUCUUCAAAUGGAAUUACAUCUUUCUUGAGGAAAGAGGUGAAACUGAAGAAGGCUUAGGCAAGAAGUAUGAUGAUACAGAACUUUCUAGAAGUUAUGAACUAAUUCUUAGAGAUUAUAGAAGCCCUAAAACUUUUGUUGUGCUAGAUAAAAACCCGUCACUAAAGCUUAAUGAUGAUUCAAACGACAACUUUGUAUUUGAUACGUUGUCGUGGGAUAAAGUAGAAAAAGGUAGAACACAACAGUUAUCAAAAAAUCAGCAAACGCUAAGAAUGAAAAAAUCAACAAAAGAUAUGUCAGGUAGAGUUGAACUAAAUGAGGAUAUCGAGAGAUACAAAAAUCAAGCUCUCAACUUAAAAAAUGGCUAUUUUAACGAUGUUCUGGAUUUUGGGCGAGGCUUAAAAGAGAGAACUAAAGUUAUCAAAUCAUUGAAAAUCAAAGGAGAGUUUGCAUUCAAGCCUUUUUUCACAAAGCUGCAUAAAGAUUACAUUAACCAGAUUGAUCAUAACCUCGAUCUCUUUAAGGGCAUAUUCGACGGUUUUAAAAUGUGCGCAGGCAUUAACUGCCUAAAACUCAAGCUAUCACAUAGUAAUGAAUCUGAGCAGGCUGAAAAUGUUCUAAAAAUGUUACAAGAAAUUGCAGUAAAUGACAACUUAAAGUACAAUUUAAAGUACCUCGACCUUUCAAAAACCUUGAUUUCCACAGAAAUUUUAAAUGCACUGCUCACCGUUAUCAGAGAUUCCACUAUUGAGCACUUGGCGUUAAAUAACUGCAUUUUUGAAAACAAUGGACUAGAUAUAUUAUCCAAUUCGUUUUCAGAGAGCGCAAUUGUGUCAAUAGAGCUAAGAAAUAACAAUAUUGACGAUGAGUUCCUAAAGAAAUUGCUUCAUAAAUUCGAGAAUUGCAGGUACUUAAAACGACUUGAUAUUUCACAUAAUCCAAUUGGGGCCAAAUGUGAAGAAAGUAUAAAAAAUUUGAUAAGAAAAACUGGAAUUACCUCGCUUAAUAUCAGCCACACUCACAUUGUGCAGAAAGAACUUAAUGCAAUUUUAAAUUGUGCUGGCUGUUCACAGCUCGAAUAUAUCUGCAUUGAGGGCAACAGUAAAAAAGAUAUUCUUCAAAAUUACAGCACUUUGGGGAAAAUCCUAUGCUGCGAUUUCUGUAGAUUUUGGCCUAAAUUAGGCGAUUCAGGAUGUUGUCUUGCUAUUCAAAACUGUUUCGCAAUCAAAGCACAUCAGCGUGUUGAAGCAGAUGGUGAUCAGGAGCAAAAAUCAAGAGAUAUCAAUAAGAAAGCAGAAAAUGUCCAAAAGAAAAGGCAGCUCGACAGGAACUUGGACCAGUUAUUAGAAGAAAAGAUAAGGAAAAUGAAAGAAAAGUUAACUAUACAAGCAAAAAUUGGUUCUGAAGAUUAUGAAAGAGAAAAAAAGCGUCUUGAAGAAGAAGAAAGAAAUAAAGAAGAAGAAAAAAAGCAUGAGCUGAGAGUAUCUGAAGUUGGAGCUGCCAAGAUUCAAUCAACGAUCAUUACCACGAGCAAUUCUACUAACAACAAUACAAUGGAUACGAGAAAUAACUUGCAAGAUGUCGCGAGCCCAAAGGCUAUUGAGAAUGCACCCCAAGAGCCUGAGAAAAAAACUGCACCUAUUAAAAGUGACCCAGCUGACAUCAUUGACAAAGUGGAUGGAUUUGUAAAGAAUCUGGAGAAGAUGGAAUAA